AUGAUGCAGCUCAACUCUGUCAUCGCCAACGCGCUGGCAACCCUCACCAAUCCAGCUCCCCAAGAUCCCAUCCUCGACUGUUGCGACAACGACCUUGCUGCACUACGCGAGCUUCUUUUAAAGAAUACCGACCGUGCCCUCGAGCUUGCAGACGCGAAACUACGCGUUUUCCCAUUCAAAGAUGUGAAAACAUGCUGGCGAAGACUCUACACGGACGCGAGCAUUGCUAAAGUGUGCCUGGCUAUCUGCAACAACUGUGGCUUCUCGUGCGACGGAACAUUGGUAGACAACGAUUCUGGACUCGCAGAUGGCGCUGACCACGCGUCAAAGCUUGACCCAAUCGCAAGCGAAAAGGAGCAACACGAGUACAAGCUUGACCCCGACGCGCCAUGGCUGUUGUCGACAAUCUACACUCUCGACAAUGCACUGAUCAUGACGGGCGCCCCCCUCCGCGAGAACCUGGUCGAAUCGCUUUUCUCCGCUCUCCAAGUCGCUACAAAAGCUUACUGCGAAGGGAAGAGGGAUCUGAGCUCCACCCAAGGCCACGGCGGUAACCUCAGUGAGUCAGAACUCGACGGCCAUGCCUCCAAACGCAGGAAGCUCUCACCGCCGCUCUUCCCCCCCGAUGCUGUGCCUGCGACGACCCUGAAACAUCCUAUUCCCCGAGUAUCCGCGCCGUCCUUCGAUGCCAUCGAACACCAUAUCCAGCACGUCAGAACACCGCUGGUGAUCGCCGACGCGGUGGACCACUGGCCUGCGCUGUCGACGCGGCCCUGGGCGUCACGCGACUACUGGUUCGAUCACACCCUUGGCGGUCGCAGGCUCGUCCCCGUGGAGGUGGGCCGAUCCUACACGGACGAAGGAUGGGGCCAGCGAAUCAUGGAGUUUCGAGAAUUCGUGGACAAGUUUCUCUGGAGGGGAGAGGGCAAGACAUCUGGGGUUGGGAACAAGCGCGAGGAUGACCGCAACGAUACGGGCGAAACGGGGUACAUGGCGCAGCAUGAUCUGCUCUCCCAGAUCCCGGCCCUACGAAAGGACAUUUGCAUCCCCGAUUACUGCUUUAUCGAGCCUCCGGGUCCCGAGCCAGGAACGCCAGUCUACCUCAAGAAGCAGCGAGAACGAGAAGAGAAACUGAAAUCGAAGAAUGCCUCCUCAGGCGGCAACGAAACGCAUACAAAGACACAUGAGCAGCAACAACAACGUGGUAACGCAGCGUCCGAUGACGAGUCCUCCGUCCUGGGAGUCCCCAGCGACCCAAUCAUAAACACCUGGAUUGGCCCCUCAUGGACCAUAUCUCCUCUCCACCACGAUCCCUACCACAACAUCCUGGUCCAGGUGGUUGGCGCGAAGUACAUUCGGCUCUACUCGCCUCGCACGCCAGCCUCACAGAUCUAUCCGAAGGGCAUGGAGGCCGUCAAUUCAUCGUCACCAUCCAAUGCCACCACAGGCCUGUCUGAUACCGCCCAGCUGCAAGGGAAAGGCUCAGAAGCCAGGGUCGAGAAGCAGACACAGCUCAUCGACAUGUCCAACACUUCUCAGGUCGACCUGGCAGCCAUUGAGCUCUCCCCGGCCGAGUCCGAACAGUGGGAUGCGAUGUGGCCUGGGUUUUCGGAGGCUGAGUAUGUCGAGACCGUGCUGAAGGAAGGGGAGUGCUUGUAUAUUCCAGUGGGAUGGUGGCAUUAUGUCCGUGGCAUCAAGGCUGGAAUUAGCGUCAGCUUCUGGUGGGAAUAG